AUGUCCCCCGCAUCCGCAGACAUACCCAUCAUCGACCUCUCCGGUCCCCAAGAAGAUGUAGCAAAGCAACUAGUCGACGCCGCAGCCGACCACGGCUUCAUCUACAUCCAGAACCUCGGCCACGACAUACCCGCAGCGAGCAUCGACGACGCAUUUGCCCUGUCCAAAAAGCUGUUCAGCGCACCGCUAGACGAAAAGCAAGCGUGCUCCAUCCAAACCAACAAUCGAGGAUGGACGAGCAUGCAUGCCGAGACAUUGGACCCCCAGAACCAAAAGGUACUCACCCUCGCUAUCAAUCCCCUCCACCACGUAGCAAUAUACGCGGAGCGCCUGCUAAGAGUCACAAGGUGGGAGAUUUCAAAGAGUGAGCAACCGCGCAUUCACAAACCCCUAGACCGUCGCCCAUCCCGGCCUAACCUGGACCUCAGAGCCUUCAACUUUGGCGAAUUCAUAAACAACAAAGCCCAGCAGCCUCUGCCGCCCACCGUUGCCGCCGACGAGGCCCGUUUCUCCGCCUUUGCCGACCUCUGCCGCGCCCUGUGUUUUAAAAUCCUCGCCCUCCUAGGCCAGGGUCUCCAAGUGGGCGACUUCUUCUCCUCGGCACACUUCAAAUUCCCCUCUGGCAGCGGCACCAUACUCCGCUUCCUGCGCUAUCCGCCGCCGUCGAGCACGUCCCACACCGUCGACGAUGUUCGUGCAGGUGCCCAUUCCGACUACGGUUCCAUUACGCUUCUCUUCCGUCUCAGGGGCCAGGCUGGUCUUGAAAUCCUCAAAAAGGACGGGACGUGGGCGCCUGUCCCCGUCUCACCGCCGGGUACUGAAAAUGAUCCCAGCCCACCUAUCUUAAUCAACAUUGGCGACUUGCUGUCGUAUUGGACCAACGGGCUCUUCAGAAGUACCGUUCAUAGAGUGGUGUUUCCUACGAACGGUGCAGAAGGGGUGGAGGGAGAGAGCAGUACUGACCCGCGAUACUCGAUUGCCUUCUUUUGUCAUCCCAUGGACGAUGCCUUGCUGGAGCCUGUGCCGAGUGAGCGCGUCAGGGGCUUCGUCGAGGAGGGUGUGGUGAAGAAUCCGUAUGCCGAGAGAAGGGUUUUGACGGCAGGGGAACAUUUGCUCAUGAGGUUGAGGGAGACCUACGGGACCUUGUAUGAGGACAAAAAGGACUGA